AUGAAUGAAUAUGAUGAUAAUGAAAAACAAGUAGAAGAAGAAGAAGAAGAAGAAGAAGAAAAAACUGAUAAAAAUGAUGAGCAAGAACUUAGUACUGUACAUCAAGAUGAAACUAAUGAUCAAGCAGUUAAACAAUUAAAUAAUGAAGAAGCUAAACUUCAAAAUGAUUUAGCUAAUGAACUUAAAUAUAAUCUGAAAAUUCCGAUUACUGAUGAACCUCCUAAUAUUGGUCCAACACCAUAUAAAGUUGCCAUUGUUGGGAUGAAUGAAUUAGGAUCAGCUACGGCUUUUUUACUUAUUUGUAGACAAAUUGUGACUGAUAUUAUUAUUAUUGAUCGAAAUACUAAACGAUUAGCUGCUGAAUAUGCUGAUUUAAGUACUUGUACAACAUUUGUUUCAGGUGUCAAUGUACAAGCAAGUAAUCAAUUAGCAUCGUGUGAAGGUGCUCGUGUUGUUAUUCUUUGUGAUGUAAGUGAUGACGAUGAAGGACAAGAGAAAUCAAGUACUACACAAACAUCAUCUCAAAAUGAAAAAAUCUUAUCCAAUUUUAAAACAAUAUCAAGAGCUAUUAGUAUCUAUGGUGUGUAG